UGCCACUGUUAAUCUGCACUCAGCAUGCACAGCAUGGAUGAUGCAACUGAAGCCUCCUCCUUUCUUGCUCUGAGUGCAGGUAUCUGUAAAAUGUGACUUUAUAUGGUAAAAAUUAUCUCCCACCCGAGACCGUAGACAGAAGCUUCCUGUUUUAGCUCAGGGUGGUCUUCUAUUACUGCACACUGCUGUCUGCUCAGAUUUAUAUCUUCAGAAACUGUUACCAUAACACCUUCUGUCUCCAAACAAAGGCGAGCAUGAAUGAUCCAAUUGGAGUUAAAUCGGUUAUAGAAAACUACGACACUGCUGCAGCGGCUGCAAAGAUAAAGAAAAAAUAUCUAAAAAAGACAAGAAAUAUUCCACUAAAUAUCGCCGUCACAGGAGAAAGCGGUGCUGGUAAAUCCACCUUUGUAAAUGCCUUCAGAGGUUUAACAGAUGAAGAUGAUGAAGCUGCACCUGCAUAUGGAGACUCCACCUCAGAGGUUGCAGCCUACAAACAUCCAGACUAUCCCAAUGUCACUUUAUGGGAUCUUCCUGGAAUCGGAACGCCAAUGUUUCCAGCUGAGAAGUACCUGAAGCGUGUUGAAUUUAGGAUGUUUUACUUCUUUAUCAUCGUCUCAAGGACUCGCAUCACAGAAAAUGAUGUGAAACUCGCUCUGAAGAUUCAGGAGAUGGGGAAAAAGUUCUACUUUGUUCGUUCAAAGAUUGACAAAGAUUUAAGAGCCGAGAGAAGAAAGAGAAACUUCAGCAAAGAGAGGACUCUUACAAAGAUCAGGGAAGACUGUGCUCAAGGUCUUCAGGCACAUGGCAUCAAGUGUUCAAAGGUGUUCCUGGUGUCCAGCUUUAAGCCUCGAAAGUACGAUUUCUCUCUCCUACAUGAGACCUUAGAGAGACAACUUCCUAAACUCAAGAGGAAUGCUUUUGUGCUGGCCAUGCCCAACAUCAGCCUGGAGAUCAUCAAGAAGAAGAAACAAGCUAUGGAUCUACGAUUACCUAAUGUGGCCUGCUUUGGUAGACCAAAUGUUUCUGUUCCUGGGCUAACUGUUUCUGUUAAUCUACCUUGGCUGCACAUUAUUAUUGUAAUGGUGGUAGAUGCGUUUGGUCUUGAUAUCCCAUCUCUGUGGAAACUUGCUGCCAGCACAGGUCUGUCAUACAGCGAUUUGUGUGCCGUUAUCAAGUCACCCCUGGCUGCAGCUGAAAUAACUGAGAAGCUCCUGCUGAAGGUGUUGAACCAGGUUGGUGUAACAUCUGAAUUACGUUUUGAAUUGAGCAUGAUAAACUUCCUUGAAUCGGUUGUGGGCUCAAUCCCAAGGGGAAGAUGUUAUCGGGUAAUGGAGAAAGCUAUGCCUAUUAUCCUCAGAGAACUUGCUGAUGAUGCUCAGAGGGUCUUUCAAAGAGUUCUGGCCUGAACAUGUCGAUUUUGUAAAGUAGUGACACUUUUGAAACUAGCAUAGAUCUACAAACAAGCUUUUAACUUUUUCUAAUUAGACAGUGUUUGUUUCAAAAUAAUAAAAUUCAUAAUCUCACUGCAUCCUCACAGCUGAUCAGUGUGUCCGAGGCCUCAGCAGGUCUCAUCUCCUGUGAUCAGAGCAGAAACAGCAUUGUAACUUCUCCCAGCAUCACACACUAAUAUGUAAUCUUAAGGCAGCUAUUAAUAGCAUUGUUAUUAGCAUCUGCAGUUAUUAUUAUUGAACAUAUAUUGUCUUUUCAGUGUUUUAAUAAACUGAUUACAUUUGUCGUUUUGUUUUUAUAUUACAUUUAAAUGAGAUUUCCGAUAAAUAUACAAAACCUUUUAAUGAAUAAAUAUAAAUUUGAUUAAAAGAAAUCAUU